AUGAUUGUUUACAAAGUCACCGACGCCUCUGAUGGUCUGCUGUCAGCUCACGAAAAAGAACUCAACGUGGACCUGAACCUCAAGAUCAACAGUGAGCUCGGCAUCCAACGGCCUAUCGACAACAACCCAGUAUAUCUACCCAGGGCCAAGGACAGUAAGAUGAACGAAUUCCAUCCUUACUACAAUGAGCAUGAGAUGAUGCUCGCCUUUGAACUUCUAUCUACGACAGACAGCUUGACAGAAGCAUCGUGGUCGUUGUGGCUUGGGAUGCAGCUGUAUGCCGAAAAGACAUGGGGAGCAGGCGACAACAGGUAG